AGCUGGCCCGGGGGGGGACAGGGGGGGGUGGCGACCCCGCUUCCCCUUUUGUGGCCAUAAAGGGCCCGGGUGGCCGAGGGGGGGGGGACAGCGAGGGGACAGCGAGGGGACAGCGAGGGGACGAUGCCAGCCCUGCUGUGCCUCACCGCGCUGGCCCUGGUGACAUCGGUGACAUCGGGGGGUGACCCCGGGGGCGCUCUGACCUUCCUGGCCCUGGGGGACUGGGGAGGGGUCCCGGACCCGCCCUUUGUCACCCCCCGCCAGGUGGCCACGGCGGCCACCAUGGGCCAGGUGGCCUCGGAGCGGGGAGGCGACUUCGUGCUGGCACUUGGGGACAAUUUCUACUACGAGGGGGUGCGCGACGAGUGGGACCCGCGCUUCCAGGACACCUUCGAGCGCGUGUUCGUGUCGCCGGGGCUCCGCGGUGUCCCCUGGUACGUGAUGGCCGGGAACCACGACCACGCCGGGAAUGUCACCGCGCAGCUGCGCUACAGCCGCCACUCGCCGCGCUGGCACUUCCCCCACCCCUACUACACCCUCCGCCUGCACAUCCCCGGCUCCAACUCCUCCGCGCGGCUCCUGGUGCUGGACACGGUUCUGCUCUGCGGCCACUCCGAUGAUUUCGGCCUCGGCGACAUCCCCGAGGGUCCCCGGGACGCGGUGGCCGCCGGGGCUCACCUGGCCUGGCUGCGGGCACAGCUGGAGGCGGCGGCCGGGGACAGUUUCGUGCUGGUGGCCGGACACUACCCGGUGUGGUCAGUGGCCAAGCACGGCCCCACCCCGUGCCUGCUGCGGCUGCUGCGGCCGCUGCUGCGGCGCCACCGGGUCACGGCUUACCUGUGCGGCCACGACCACAACCUGCAGUACCUGGAGGAGGGUGGCGUCGGUUACAUCCUGAGCGGCGCCGGGAAUUUCAUGGAGGACUCGCGGCCCCACGAGCGCUCGGUGCCGCCCGGGUCCCUUCGCUUCUUCUUCGGGAGCCCCGCGAGCCCCGGCGGCUUCGCCCACCUGCGCCUGGAGCCCGGCGCUGUCACUGUCACCUUCCUGGAGGCCACCGGCCGCGUCCUGCACCGCGUCACGCUGCCACCCCGGCACCCCUGAGUGCGUGGGGACACUGGGGACAGCUGGGGGACAGGUGU